UCUCUCCCGAUAGCUGUCCGCUUAUACACGACCGUGAAAAGGCGGUCAUACAUUCGUGUUUGUAUAGUUAAAGGGACAUAAUUUCAAAGUUUUAGACGAUUUUGUCGAAGAAAUUAGCAUGAUUGAGCCGAAGAAGAGAGUGGCGGACAUGGCGGUGGUGCCCUCUGCUUCCUUGAAGAGACCCCGGACGGAGCUGGUGGCGGCGGCCCAGUCUCAGCAGCUCGUGGCCGCGGGGCCCCCGAGGUCGUCCAGCCUGCAGGCCCCCAUCAUGUUAAUGUCGGGCCACGAAGGCGAAGUGUAUUGCUGCAAGUUUCACCCUAACGGAGCCACCCUGGCGUCGUCCGGCUUUGACAGGCUCAUAUUGAUGUGGAAUGUGUAUGGCGACUGCGACAACUUUGCAACGCUGAAGGGUCACAGCGGAGCAGUGAUGGAGUUGCACUACAACACAGACGGAAGCCUGCUGUUCUCUGCGAGCACAGACAAGACGGUGGGCGUGUGGGACAGCGAGACGGGCGAGCGGAUCAAGCGGCUGAAGGGCCACACCUCCUUCGUCAACACCUGCUACCCCGCCCGCAGGGGACCCCAACUCGUGUGCACCGGCAGCGACGACGGGACCGUCAAGUUGUGGGACGUGCGCAAGAAAGGCGCCAUCCACACUUUCCAGAACACCUACCAGGUGCUCGCCGUCACCUUCAACGACACAAGUGACCAAAUUCUGUCCGGAGGCAUCGACAACGACAUCAAGGUGUGGGACCUGAGACAGAACAAGUUGAUGUACAACAUGCACGGGCACGGUGACUCCGUGACCGGACUCAGUCUCAGUUCGGAGGGAUCUUACCUUCUCUCAAACUCUAUGGACAACACCGUGCGUAUUUGGGACGUUCGACCUUUUGCGCCCAAGGAAAGAUGUGUGAAGAUUUUCCAGGGCAACGUACACAACUUUGAAAAGAAUCUGUUGAGGUGCUCGUGGUCCACUGACGGUAGCAAAAUAGCCGCGGGAUCAGCUGACAGAUUUGUGUACAUUUGGGACACCACAUCACGCCGCAUCCUCUACAAGCUGCCAGGACACGCCGGCUCGGUCAACGAGGUGGUCUUUCAUCCCGAGGAGCCCGUCGUGCUCUCUGGUGGCAGUGAUAAACGGCUGUACAUGGGAGAGAUUCAGUAGCAGAUGUGCGCGUGUGCAAUUGUGUGAGUGCGUAAGAACAUCGGCAAUGAUUUUUUUUUUUGUAACGCUUAUGUUUUUGUUCUUUUUAAUAAAAUUCACUGAUUCUGUAAAGGAAAAAAA